AUUCCACAAAAUAACAAAACUUUUCUCUCCUUCAACAUUCCUCACACUUCCUCUGAUCUCUUCAAAAAAAUGGCUCAUUCUUAUUUUCUCAUUCUUCUCUCUCUCUUUUUCUUCUUCUCUUUCACCUCUUCCCAAAAUCCUCCCUCCCCUGGCUAUUUUCCAAGCAACCAAGUUCAAUCCAUUGGCUUUGAUCAAGGUUUUCGUAAUCGAUGGGGCUCUCAACACCAAAAAGUCGACCAAGGAACUUUAACUAUCUGGCUCGACAGUUCCUCAGGCAGUGGAUUCAAGUCCCUCCAUAGAUAUCAAUCAGGCUACUUUGGAGCUGCCAUUAAGCUUCAUCCUGGCUACACUGCAGGAGUUAUCACAUCUUUUUAUCUUUCGAACAACGAAGAUUACCCAGGAAAUCACGAUGAGAUUGACAUUGAGUUUCUUGGAACAACGUUCGACAAACCAUAUAUUCUACAAACAAAUGUGUUUAUGAGAGGGAGUGGAGAUGGAAAUAUCAUAGGGAGGGAAAUGAGGUUCCAUCUUUGGUUUGACCCAACUCAAGAUUUCCACAAUUACGCCAUUUUAUGGACUCCAGAAGAAAUCAUAUUCUUGGUAGACGACGUGCCAAUUAGGAGGUACGAGAGGAAGAGUGACGCGACAUUUCCAGUGAAGCCAAUGUGGGUGUACGGAUCGAUAUGGGACGCAUCAUCAUGGGCGACAGAGGAUGGAAAAUAUAAGGCUGAUUACAAAUACCAACCGUUUAUCGGAAGAUAUAACAACUUCAAGCUCGGCGGGUGUGCGACAGAUGGGGCAGCAUCAUGUCGUCCGCUCAACAGUGGGCCGAGCGGGGGCGGGCGCGGCGGGUUGAGCCAGCAGCAAGAGAAGGCCAUGGAGUGGGUGCAAAGCAAUUACUUGGUGUACAACUAUUGUCAUGAUCCAAGAAGAGAUCACACCCUAACUCCUGAGUGUUGAUCCAAAAAGUCUACUUUUUUUUUUUCUCCUUUUGGGAUUGAAAA